AUGUCGGCUGAUCCCACUGCUAACCUGCAGCUCUUCUCUCCGCCAGCAUCUGGUCGCUCGAGUCCAGCACCGCGAGCUUCACGCAAUGCUGCUGAGGAACCCCUCUACAAAAAAGACAAAAACUUCCGGCGCUAUGCUGCUGGUGUCGAGCGCGCGCUUGCCCUCUGGGACACUGCCCAGCAGGAGUGGGCCGACUACAUAUCGUUCCUGGGAAGGCUGUUGAAGUGCUUGAAUCCAGCGUUGCCUUCGGGCGUCCACCAAAAAGCUCUCGAUGUGUAUGCCUACAUAUUCGCGACCAUUGGAAAAGAUGCCCUCGCUCGCGACCUCAGCAUCUACUUCCCAGGCCUCGCCUCUGUGCCAUCCUUCGCCUCGCUCUCCGUUCGACCGCUAUUUCUGUCGGUGUUCGAAACCCACAUCCUGAAGCUAGAUGCUCCAGCACUUCGACCCGCACUGAAGGCUAUAAUCCUGUCCCUAUUGCCGGGCUUGGAGGAUGAGACGAGCGAGGAUUUUGAGCGCAUGUUCUCUGCACUGGACAAGCUGCGCACAGCAAUUGAAGGCCCUGCAGAAGAAGUCAAAGGCAGCGGCUCGUCGCACUUUUGGCAAUGCUUCUUCCUAGCAGCCAUCACCAAUGCUUCACGGAGACAAGGAGCGCUUGCCUUCCUUAUUCGGCGUUUGCCCAAGUUUGGCAUUCCUGCACGCCGCUCUUCGAACCAGUCCGAGCCGUCCACGCCUUCGGGUAGUCUGUCCGCGGAAGCAGAAGCUGCCAUCUCUCCAGAACCAGGCCUCUUGAUCCGGUGUUUCGAAUCUGGUCUUUCAGAUCCACAACUCCUCAUACAGCGUGGCUUUCUCGACCUGCUGGUCAGUCAUCUCCCUCUUGACUCCCCGGUCUUGCAAGAGCGUGUAGGAAAAGGAGAUCUUGAGAGGUUGGUGACGGCCGCUGCUGGUGUUGUGUCAAGAAGGGACAUGAGCCUCAAUCGCAGGCUGUGGGCAUGGUUCCUUGGCCCAGAGCCAACAGUAUCUGAAGGAAGUGAAUAUGUUACCACACCCACUCAAGAUAAGCACCAUGAUGCACCGGAUCCUGCAGCACAACACGCGGCCUUCUUCUCGCGCUAUGGCCUUGAGGCGCUGACUAGCAGCGUUUUGAAGAUGAUCAAGCGCCCAAGCAAAUCUCCUGCGGAACGAGCACGACCUUUCCGUGUAUGCCUUUCUCUCAUGGAUCGCUGGGAAGUGGGCGGCCUUAUCGUGCCAGAUAUCUUCUUGCCGGCGCUGCAAAGCGUGCAGUCAUACUGUGAAAGUGCAUCAAAAGAGCAAGCUGAUGAGGUUGUGAGAAGCGCUAGUGCGUUCUUCGAUGGCGUUGAUAGCGGUCUGAUUUGGGGUAAGUUGAUCUACAUGGUCACUUCGGCCCUGGACACGAAGAACACGAGCCGUGAAGAGGCGCUUAGCCGGGCAAGGUUGGCCAGAUUCGUCAUGGCACGGUUCAACCUCAAAGAAGAGGACAUGCUCCUUCAUCACAUGCCUCUGAUGAUAUUGUCAACGCUUGCCUCACUUAACGAAGCAUGCGGGGAUACUAGCAAACCCUCACCCGCCCUGGAAGUCGUCGAGAUUGCAUACGAGAUCGCAGAGUCACUUGUGCACAUUGUUCCAAAUCGAACAUUGCGGAGCGAUCAUGCCACUGAUCAGCAACUGACACAGACGACUGCUGUACCUAGAGCCAAGGUAUUUCAACACCUCAGGAAUUUCUACGAAGAAUCACAGGGCAGCCUCGACGCGACUGAUCCGCCUUUUACAGCGAUCGAACUGGGCCAGCAUAUCCUGCGGGAGGCUACACGCAUGUUUGUACUGUGCGCCCAGUCUCAGCCUCCAGCCUCUUCGCUAGAGGUCUCUGCAAAGGUGCUCGCCAUUGUCAUCUCCAAGGCGCAGUAUCUGAGAGCUUUAGACGAGCAUCAUCUUGUUGAUGUGUUCCAAGGCAUUCUAGCGUGGCAGGCUGAAGAAGGACUGGGACUGACGUUCUGCCAUCUUAGUGCACUUACUACCGUGCUCACUGCCCUACAGACAUCGCAGUCUUCGAUACCGUACAUUCCCGCUCCUCAGACCUCGGAAGUCGUUUAUCCUCUUGUUACCGGACUUUGGCAGUAUUUGUCUCCAACAAGGCCCAAGUACCAUGUUGAAGCCACACGAUGCUUACUUCAACUGCACACAAUCUCGCCAGCUAGCCGCAUGGUGGAAGCCUGCCUAGCAUCUACUAUCGAAGCGCAGCUCUCGCAAAGGUCUUCCAGCCCUCGAGUCAACGAUUGUAGUCGGCACUUUGCCACACUUUGGACACACAUCUUGUACGAAUUCAACGUACAAACAGAGAAACGUGGCAGCAUAGCUCGUCGACCAAGUGGUCAGAAUGUUGUAGCUACAGCCAUUGCAUCUGGAGAUUACCAUGCUAUUCUGACAAGGCCGCUUCUUCUCCUUUUGGACAGCCUAGAAGAAGAGGGCACCGAGUCAUCGGUAUUCAUGAGGGCUUGGCUACAGGAUCUACCAAGUCUAAUACGAGUCUUCGAUAUCCUGAUCCUCCAUAUACAGUCGUUACAAUCGAUGGCGACGACUGAAGGCCUGGCUCCCAACAAUGUCCCGGCCAGAACACGCAGUCAACCAAAAGGGGAUGACAGCAAGGUUUGCCUAUAUUAUCUCCGGCACAUCCACAACAUCUUGAAAAGGCCAUCUCACUUCACAUGGGUGACAGUAGCCGAGUCGCCGGCAGCAUGGACUGACGACUCGUCGUCCCGUAUGUCGCUCCAAGAGUGGAUAGUGCGCUUGUGUCUCCAGACUAUGGCAUACUCUAGUGGUGGCAAUAAUUCUGUUGAUGAUUCUCACAUACCCGAAUUACAUCGACUUUCAGUAUCCGUCAUAUUGCAGAUAUAUCAGAGCCCUUUCGCUGCGCCUUUACGGGAGCUUGAGCUUGAGGUAUACCUGAUGGCACGACUAAGAACUGCCGAACCUCCCUUACAAAGUCUCUUACUGAAAACAACACUGUCUGCGCUCAAGCUGCGUCUCACUCGCCCACCACCGGAGCAGUCGACGGAGUUGAAAGUACCGCCACAGCCGUCACAUCGAUCGCGGCUGUCUCUAGCGCUGAGCAGAGACUCGGAAGAUCAUCAGCCUGCGCCCAUCGCUCCGCCUCCUCAACUAGUCGACUGUCUAAAAGGAGGGUUCUCUUCACCCACGAGCCGCUUGGUGUUGGAUGAUUGGGUACAAUUUCUCAUCGAGGUGCUGCCGCUGUUUGCCGAUACAAUAUUUCAAAACCUACUGCCUCUGGUGGAUUGCUUCUGUAAGGAGAUCAACAUGUGCUUCGAACAACUGAAGACUACGUUCGUUUCACGCAAUGGGGCACAAGAAGCGUCCCCAGAGUCUACAAUGAUUUCACUCAUCAACGGCCUGGAGCAGAUUUUGGCUAAAGCGCAUGAUCAGCUGACAACUCAGGAGACCAAGGUCUCCGCUAACAAGUCACCAGAACAGCCGCAGGGAUUCUUCAGCAAUGUGGUCUCCGGGGUCUUUACCUCGGAGCAGGCACAAACACGAAUCCCAACGGCCAACAGCAGACUUACUGUUCUUCUUUGUUUUCAAGAUACCGUUCGGAUAUGCUUCGCAAUAUGGUCAUGGGGUGGUUAUGGAGACAAGCACAUCCAGCAAGAUGUCUCGUCGGCAGCCUCCUUUGGCUUCACCUCGCUUCGCAUGCGCAACCGGGCCCGUCGCAUCUUGGAACAUUUAUUUGCCGCUGAAGCGCUCGAAUGUUUAGAAACUUUGGCAGUCAUCUGGGCCGGUUCCACGACGGAUGAUGAUCAAGGAGCAGCAGUGAUGGGUCUCCUCAAUGUCCUUAAUGGAUCCAAACCCAAGCACACCAUACCCGCCAUCUUCAAUGCGGUUUAUAGCCGCACGGAUCCUACAGCGUUAGAUGCGAAUCGAACGUCGACGCUAACCUCAAACCUAUCCGAUUCCGAGCUGGUCGUGUUUCUGGUCGAAUACACCAAGUCUUUAGAGGACGAUGCCAUGGAUGAGAUUUGGCAGGACUGCACGUUGUUUCUUCGCGACGUUCUCGCAAACCCCUUGCCGCACAGACAAAUAUUACCGAUGCUGCUUGAAUUCACUGCAGUCAUCGGGCAGAAGGUCGACAACACGAAUUUCGGAGAGCAAAGGAAACUGAGGAGGGAGUUAUCGGAUCUCUUCACGAGAGUGUUGACAGCGAUCUUCACAACACGUUCUAUGGGCUACGUGCAGAACACAGACCAUGAUCUGGUAGAAGAAAAGUCUUCUGCAAUCACCAACGGUGUUCGUGCUCAGCAACGAGCAUCAGACGUUGUCUCAAUUCUCACGUCCAUCGUUCCCAAGCUCCCUCUGAUCCUUGUUGAGAACGAUCGCGUUACCAAGGUUGUAUCAGAUAUGUCCACAUCCAUAAUCGGUCCUAGCUUCCGAGCCAAAAACUUCCCCGAGCAUGUAUCUAAGGGCCACUUAGACCUUCUGCAGAGUCUUACAAAGGUAUCGCAAGGGAACAAGUUACUCAAGAAGGACAUUUUCGACGCAUUCAACGACCCCAGAUUCUUCAACGCGCCGCUGCCAAUCCUGCGAGAGUCAUGGCUUCCCGUUCUGGCACAGUGGACACAGUCUGACAAAGAGCGUGUACCAGAGUUGCUGGGCAGGAUAUCUGCGCCUACGACUGCAGGUAUCAUGUUCGGUGUCGGUGCGGCGUCAGCGCGUCAGGAAGCAGACCGCAAAACUCAAUUGAACCUGCGACGUAUUGCACUCCUGGUUCUUGCAAGCCCAGAAGACGCAUUUACUCCAAACAUUCCUCAGAUUCUCGAAAAAGUCGUUGAGCUUCUCACAGCCACACAUGCAACAUCGCCCUCAUCAGCCACACGCGCAGAUGUGCUGGUUCUACUGCGUGCCAUUAUCCUCAGGACAUCACAUGUGCAUCUCGCAUCUCUCUGGCCCAUUAUCAACGGCGAACUUACAGCUUCACUUUCUUCGUUGCUGCCAGACGCCAACAACAAAGUUCACUAUAACAACGCUGGCAUCAUACAAGCCUGUAAACUCCUCGAUGAACUUGUGGUCCUCGAUCCCGAUGAUUUCCAACUGUCCGAAUGGCUCUUCAUAUGCGACACCAUUGACGCAGUCUACAAACCUGCCACACCACCCACCAUGCUCGCCUUGACCGAUGAAGUCAAUGAGGUUUUAUCACAAUCUACGUCUGGGUCUACUUCUAUUCCGCCACAUGUCGAAUCCAAUGAGCCGAAACGUGCGCUCUUCUUGGAUCCGUUAAUAGAGGCACUGGAAAAGGAAGAAGAUGCUGCAGUGCUAGAUAUGGCCAGAAGCGAGUUAGUGAACAGAGUAGUGAGGCCGUUUUUGGGCAAUCUGGCAAUGAGUGCAUUUGAAGCAAGGUAUGGUGGCGGGGAAGCGGACUGGGACGGGGUUUGGGAUAGUGUGGUUCGAGAUGCUGGGUCAUAG